AUUAUAUAUCGUCUGUCCGAUCCCCACACUACCGCCUCUUUGUGUAGUCUAUUCAUAUUUGCCCGCAGGACAUGCUAAAUCACCAUACUUAUGAUUAAACUUCCUACACGAUGCAUAAAUGACAUAUCGCUGACUAACAAAAACAAUUAGCUUGUCUUUCCGUUCAUUAUGAGAAGAUUUUGUUGGGUCUAAGAAAUGGCGGAUUUACGUAAAACCGAUUUUCUCGUUCGCCUGUAUCUUGUGUUAGAGCUCGUCGGAUUUUUCCUUCAUCUUGUUGGUUUCUGCACUCCCUACUGGCGGUCCCUCCACUUUAAAUAUUCGGAGGACAUUAUAGAAGACAUCGAUAUUGUGAUCCAAGGUUUUGACGAGGGGAUCUGGAGGAGGUGUGUCAAUGGAAUCUGUUCCGAAAUCAACAUUGUUGGCAGAGACUGGCUGCUAGUAGUCAGAGUGUUUGAGAUUGUCGCCCUUGGAUCCUCGCUAAUCGCCACCUGUCUCAUCAUCACCCAUCUCUUGUGGCAAAACUUUUAUGAGAGCAGCAAAGUUUAUUUUCUGUCAUUCUUGUCCUGUUUUAUUACAGCUGCCAGCAUUCUGCUAACCUCCAUUGUAUACGGCGCAUCGGUGAAGGUAGGAAUCACGUGGUCAUAUGGGUGUGUUGUGAUUGGAGGAGUACUGUACAUGGCUUCCGGAGUGCUGAUGCUGACAAAUUACUAUACAACGCGCCCGAAAAAAUAACCAUUUCCUACUAAUUUUGACAUUUUCCCCUUUUUAUGAUUUUUUAAAUAAAAGAAUUUGAUUAAUAAAGAUAAUUUGAUCAAUUGAAAA